AUGAGCAGGCCAGAAGACCCAGCCCAGCCAGACCCUGAAAGCUGCAGAGGUGCCAUGAGUACUGAGGAAGAUGCCACGUGGAUUCAGUGGGUGACACACCAGUUUGAGAGCAUUGUGGGAAAAGACUGGGAGAUCAACCUGCAACAAUUCAAAGCAGCCCUGAAUGUGAACGAGUCCUUCUUUGCCAAGACAUUCUUCACCCUGUUUGACCCCGAUGGAGGCGGCACCAUCACCCUCCAGGAGCUGCUGGAGGCGCUGACCCUGCUCAUCCACGGCAACCCCAUGGAUAAACUCAAAUUCCUCUUCCAGGUGUACGUGGAUGGCAGCGGCUCCAUCGUGGAUGAGUUGUGCACCGUGCAGCAGUCGUGCGUGUGCGAGAGCGCCAUCUCGCGGCCGGACGAGAAGCUGGACCAGCUACUGGAGCUCUUGGAGUCGGCCAACAAGGACUGCAACCGCGCCAGCACCUUCGACCCCCUUCGGAACGAGCUACAGCGCUUCCCCGGGGUCAUGGAGAACCUGACCAUCAGCGCUACCCACAGGCUGAUGCCCCCUGCCCCCCGCGCCCAACCGCGCCGGCACCGUGCCCGCCCUCUGACCUCUGCCUAUUGGUCCAACCACCGCAGCCACCUGCUCUGUCUGGCCGCCGACGCGGGCCUCCACGUGUUGCUCUUCGCGCUGGUGGCCAGUGCGCACCGGGCCCCCGGCCCCUGCGUCAUGGUGGCCAAAGGCUGCCAGUGCCUCAACGUCGACUGUAGCUUCAUCGCGGUGCUGAUGUUCAGGUGCUGCCUGACGUGGCCACAGGCCACCUGGCUGGCUCAGAUCCUGCUGCUGGACUGGAACAUCCAGUUCCACCAGCUCAUGGGCUACGUGGUGGUUGUGCUCUCCCUUGUGCACACUGUGGCCCACAUUGUGAGCUGUGUGUCCUGCAGGCCCACGCUCCAGGCUCAGUCCGAGGCCAGCGCCUUCCUGUUCUGGGAACUGCUGCUCACCACCAGGCCUGGCAUCAGCUGGGUCACCACCCAUGGCUCGGCCUCCCCGACCGGUGCUUGUCUGCUCCAGCUCCUGUCUCUGGCCCUGUUCUGCCCCCAGGUCUUGAGCCCUGGAAGCUUACCAGCCCCUCCCUCUCCACCCUCACAGGUGUUCUACUGGACCCAUUUGACCUACCUCCCCAUGUGGAUUCUGCUCAUUCUGCACGGGCCCAACUUCUGGAAGUGGCUGCUGGUCCCUGGCGUCUUAUUCUUGGAGAAGAUCAUCGGGCUAGCAGUGUCCCGCAUGGCAGCCCUGUGCAUUGUGGAAGUCAAUCUCCUCCCCUCCAAGAUGACCCUGACCUUCUUCUCUCCCCGGGUCACCCACCUCCUCAUCGAGAGGCCCCCUCUCUUCCACUACAGACCAGGUGACUACUUGUACCUGAACGUCCCCAGCAUUGCGCUCUACAAGUGGCAUCCCUUCACUAUCAGCAGCGCUCUGGAGCAGAAAGACACCAUCUGGCUACACGUCCAGUCCGAAGGCCAGUGGACAGACAGGCUGUAUGAGUCCUUCGAGACAUCAUGCCCCAUGGACGGUGGCUGCAAACAGCUGUCAAGAAGGUUGAGGAUGAGGAAGAGCCAGAGGAAGGCCCAGGGAGCAGUGGCCUUCGGCAGGGACAUCACCAUGGAGCUGACCUCCUGCGGGCCCAAGGGAACUCCACAGCAGGGGGACCUAAGGCCUGGCCCCUUCAUGGAGCUGCAUAUGUACAUGACCUCUGCACUGGGCAAGCAUGACAUGAAGGUCAGUAGCCUGCAGAUGGCCCUUGACCUCCUGGCCGAGAAGGAGACGAAGGACUCCAUCACAGGCCUCCAGACAUGCACCCAGCCUGGGCGGCCUGACUGGAGCAAGAUGCUCCAGAAAGUGGCUGCUGAGAAGAAGGGCAAGGUGCAGGUCUUCUUCUGUGGCUCCCCAGUCCUGGCCAAGGUGCUCAAGGGCCACUGUGAGCAGUUUGGCUUCAAAUUCUUCCAAGAGAACUUUUAG